GAAAAUCCACCAUGGAUUAAGUGUUGGGACCUUCAGAUUGAACACUUGACAUUUGGGACUGAUCUGCUUUGGGAGUCAAUUUACAGGAAUAUUACCUCAAAAACGUCGGAUUUGACUUCGCAGAACCUGCUGGAGUCCCUCCUGCAGCACAGGGACUAUCCGAGAGUGUGAGUAAUAUGAGGAAGCCUUUGAAUGUGCUUGAUCCUGGAAUAAGACUACAGGACCUCCAGGGUGUUUAGACCAAGGAGCAGCAUGCAAACCAACCCCUGACUUGUAGCCACCAGCGCCACCAACUCAACUUUUGGGGCGGGAAUUCCAGACACUCCAGCUCUGUCUGCCAGCCUGCACCAAAACACCAUGGAUUUCAUGCUACCCAUAAGAAGUCAAGAGAUGAUAGCUUUCUCCUGCUCUGAUCCUUUUCUGGAUCCCCAUGGCACCAACACCCGGUUCCAUCACCAGGUCAUAAAGAGGAAGCUGCGGCCUGGGCGGAUUCUCGGGUUCAUCAUCAGCCUGGGGGCUGUCUGCACAGUUUGUUCACUGAGUGCCUUGUCACUGGCCACGGUAAUGGCCACCGAGCCGAAAUCAGUUGCCGAGUCCUCAGCCGAUGCAGCAGUGCCCCAAAGAACUCUUCUGCAGCACCAGAACUUCUCAGCAGCGCCAGAAGACACACCGGUGGCCAUGAAGUCAUCCCACUUAGAGAUGAAUCAAGGAGACUACCCAACAGACUACUUCAGUGUGGAGGACAGACGCCAGGGCUAUGUACUUCUUCAUAUGUUUGGAAUGCUAUACAUGUUCAUAGCCUUAGCCCUCGUUUGCGAUGAGUUUUUUGUCCCCGCACUCACUGUCAUCACAGAAAAGCUGGAGAUUUCAGAUGAUGUAGCUGGAGCCACCUUCAUGGCGGCAGGUGGUUCUGCCCCAGAGCUCUUCACCUCUGUCAUAGGAGUCUUCGUCUCUCACAGUAAUGUGGGCAUAGGGACCAUUGUGGGAUCUGCUGUAUUCAACAUCCUGUUUGUGAUUGGGAUGUGUGCCCUAUUCUCCAAAGAGGUGCUGAACCUCACCUGGUGGCCUCUGUUUAGAGAUGUCUCUUUUUAUAUCAUCGGGCUGCUCCUUCUCAUCUAUUUUUUCCUGGAUAAUCAAAUCACGAUGUCGGAAAGUAUCAGUCUGCUGUUGUGCUACACCUGCUACGUGACAUUCAUGAAGUACAAUUCUCAGAUCGAAAGUCUCAUCAAAACCAGGCUGGGCGGCAACCAGGUGGACGAGCUGGAGGCUGCUCCAAAGGUAAAGGAACCAGGAGACGAUGAGAACAAGUUGACUGCCAAACCCCGACUGCAAAGGGAAGGCAGCUGCGCAUCUCUGCACAACUCUCUGAUGAGAAACAGCAUCUUCCAGCUCAUGAUACACACACUGGACCCCCUCAGUAAUGAAGUUCACGAACGCCAUGCUGAUCUGACUGAAAGAUCUGUGUCGUUUCCUUCAGGACAAUUUAAGGAGAAGGCAUCCAUCCUCCACAAAAUGGCCAAAAAGAAGUGUAAAGAAGAUGCUGCCACUGCCAACGGUGUAGUUGAUAAAGCCCCCUCAAAUAGUUCAAAGGUUGCCGUGGAGGUCACGCCGCCCAUGAAUGGAGUUGUAGGAGGACUUGAGGAGGGUGAAGAAGAGGAAGAUGAAGACCAGCCUCUGAGCCUGGCCUGGCCAGAUUCCCUGAGGAAACAGAUCACCUACCUUCUCAUCCUGCCCAUCAUCUUACCCCUUUGGCUCACACUGCCUGAUGUCAGGAGAGAGACAUCUGAAAGGUUCUUUCCGAUCACUUUCCUUGGAUCCAUCUGUUGGAUUGCUUUCUUCUCCUACCUGAUGGUGUGGUGGGCUCACCAGGUUGGAGAGACUUUCUGGAUAACAGAGGAAAUCAUGGGUUUGACCAUUUUAGCAGCGGGCACAUCCAUCCCUGACCUGAUCACAAGUGUGAUCGUGGCACGAAAAGGCCUUGGUGACAUGGCCGUGUCCAGUUCCGUGGGCUCCAACAUCUUCGAUAUCACUGUCGGUCUGCCAUUCCCAUGGCUCCUCUACAACAUCAUCAAUGACUUCAAGCCAGUGGAGGUGAGCAGCAACGGCCUGUUCUGUGCCAUUGUCCUCCUUUUCCUCAUGCUCCUCUUUGUCAUCAUCUCCAUCGCGGGUUGCAAAUGGAGGAUGAGCAAGUUUCUGGGCCUUCUCAUGUUCCUGCUUUACUUCGUCUUCCUGGUCGUCAGCGUCAUGCUGGAGGACAAAGUUAUCAUGUGUCCGAUCACCAUCUGAAAGAGGGACUCCUGACGAACUAAAGGUUUAAACUUGCUCUUCAACAGUGCAACGACAAACUGCCUGUUCUACGUCUCAAAUGCUCGUCACACAAACUGUACUGUACACACAUAUGUAAACACAUGCACACACUCACAAGCUGUUGAUGUGGAUCAAGAAGGAGUUGUGAUGUAAAUCAACUUUGCUGGUUUAAGCUGUUGCAUCAUAGCUAUUUCACAAAGCCAUGCAGGCCUAUUCUUUUUAGGCCACCCAAUGAGGAGACUUUCUCAGCACCAUGUGACUAAAUCUUGCAGUCGGGACUGACUGAGACCUGCUGAAACGAUGAAUGGAGAUGAAAUGGAAGCUGGAUGUCGGGAGAAAUGUCUUGUUUUAAAUGAAGGACAGAGACUGUACAACAGUGGAAGAAGAAUCUCUACCACUCAAUGAAGAAAUUAAGAAUAUAAACUUGAUAUGUACACUCAAAGAGACACGUUGCUACUGUUUAAAUGCCAGAGGAGCUUUGACUUUGAGGUCAAGGAAACUGUCAUGGAAAAAAACAAGAAAGGCCAAGGUAAUUUCUAAUUUUGAUAGCUGCUUUGUAGGCUUUGAGAUGUUAACAGUAUGCAAUACUUGAUAUUUUACUCUGCAAUGUGAUAGAAAGAAGAAUACAGUUGCUUGUCAAUGAUUUCACAGUGCUUUCAGACAACACUUUAUGUUCAUCCCAUCCAUAAUAUGUAAUGGAUUAAAUAUCAAAUAGUUUAAACAUAACUUGUUUUUUUUAUUACAUCUUCCUAUGUGUGCUGAAAAAAAUAAUUUGAGCGUAUCUGUCUUUUUGGAAAACACAUGAUGGCAGAGAUGUAUUUUUUUUAAUGGGCUGACCACCCAGGGCGUCAUUUCACUGGGGGCAGCUUGACCAUUGCAUGUCCAGUCAGUGGGGAGUGGGUGCAUCGAUGUGAAGUUACAGUCUAUGCAGCUCAAGAAAAAACUUGCCAUUUACUGGUGGAGGGUAAAUUUGCUAAAGCUGUUGUUGGAUCUGAAGUUUUCUAAUCUGAGCUAAAUUAAAGGGGUCUUUAUACUCUUGUUUUUAAGGAAUCUGGACUACAUUUGAUCAUCUUUGUUCAAAAUAUUAAAAAAAUGCUCAAAAUUGAGCUGUAUUAUUCUGCAAUAAAUAGAUAUAUUUUAAAACAUAGAUUGAGACUUAUGAAAUGUUUAAAUUAUAUUUAAAAACAUACAAAAAAGUUAUGGUUUUUUUUUUUUGCAUUUGGGCCACCGCAGACUGAAACAAGCAUGAAAACCCCCAAUAUAUGGGCUGGUCAAAGCUGGACUGAAAUAUUUUACUGUGAUUAAAGAUUAUUUAAAUUCCAAUUUUGAAUUGUGAGACCAUUAAUCUGUUUGUGACUCCUAAACAAAUGUGCAUUGGGUGCAGAAGGAAGGGGUGUCCCAGGACGCCCCUUCUCGUAAUAACUGCCACUGAGUGAUGGAUAAAAGGUUAGCUCCCACUGUCGUGUCGUUCUUGUUUAACUUUUUAACACUUUUCUUCAGAUUAGAGAUUAAUGAAAAUAUUUUUUAAAAAUCUCAUCAACAGGUAACUCUGAUUUUAACCUGCUAUCCUGCUGUAAAACAGACUACACAUACUGUAAUUUUAUUCCAAUGUUGUUGAAUUUCUGUAAGACAAUGACUUAAUUGCCAUUUGAAAGAGGAUGUAGUGUUCUCGUGUGCGCUUUGAAUCAGGAACGUCUCCAGCUGUGACCCAGCUACGGCUGCGAUUGGAGUUAAAUGUGAUGAAACGACGUGUGCAUGUAGACAAUCUCAGUCUUUUUCAUCUUUUCUUUUUAAAUGUACACAGACUUUCAAAAGCCUAAAAAAGUUAUUAUCUACAACCAAUCAAAAAUACUUUAAUCAUGUAAUGAUGUUCUAUCAAUUAAAAUGGUGUUGUUGUUCUACAAUAAAACAAUCCCUUUCUGUAUUUGCAUUAUCUCUCAUUUAUUGGGAUUUGUUCAUGUAUUUAGUAUUUUGAUGAAGUUUUUUGAAGUGCCAAUAAAAGCAUCAGAGACUCAACAUGAUGUGACAAUAAAUAAAAAACGAAAUAAACGCCCUCGGUUAAAAGAUAUGUUAAGUAGUGUUUCCAGUUAAGGCCUUGAGGAACCAGAAAGUUUGUUUUCUAAUGUUUCUGUUUAUGAUGGAAAACAUUUUAUUAUUAUUAUUAUUAUUAUUAUUAUUAUUAUUAUUAUUAUUAUUAUUAUUAUAGACCCAACACUCUAACCCCAGAAAAUAAUAAAACUUCUUCAGCACCUUCAUUUUCCAAAUAAAUAUACAAAUUGUUCAGAUUGUACCACUGUACCCUCCACAAAUUAAUUGUGAUUUUUAAAUUUUUUUGUUGUUGUAAGAAAUAGGACAUAAAAUCAACUGGUAACUCAGAAUAUUUCAAUUGGGGAAGUGGGGAGUUUGAUUUGGAAAAAUUCAUAGGAACCCUGGGUCAUAGACAAAAAAUGUGUAGAAAAGUUUGUGUUUUUUUUAAAGGAGACAUGAACCAUUUCUGUUUAUGUGUUUUUGUUUCUGUGAUGCAAACUGAUUUAUAUUACUAUUUAUAUUAAACUAAACGUUUUAUUUGUUUUUGAACUAAAAUUGCACAGUAGGCAUUUGUUUUGCUUUUUCAUUAUUAAAUAGCUAAAUUACUACUAUUUUACUAUUCAUUAUUAGAUAUAAACAAAUAUAAUACAUUUGUAUUCACAUUUUGCCCAAAACUUAUUUACAUUUCCCCACAGUUUGAGUUUGAGGGGUUUGAUUUUAGGGUAAUACUAAUAAAGUUGUUUGUAAAUUGUAAACUGAGAUAUGUCAUUUUAACCUCAUAAAGUGAGUUCUAGCCAUGCCACCUGCAGUAGUUUACUGUGCUGUUUUCUAAUAACCUGGUUCUUACCUAGCUUCUAUAUGCAGUAUCUAUUUUUUUUGUUUGUUUGCUUUUUUAUUAGGUUUGGUUUAAUAUGACUCAUGUGAACGUGAGGAAUACAGCUGCAUGAACGAGUGCAUAAAAAAAUAUCCCAAAAAAUCUGCAGAUUCAGCACCAUGAUGAAUAGUAAAUGUAUUACCAUUUCUGGAAUAAUAUUUAUGCAACAUUUGAAUCCUGCUGUAAAAGCAUGUUUU